GGCCGCCAUGAAAAUUGGGGUGCAUUCUCAAAUGUUAGGUCCAAGAAUUCGCAUUGUUUAAGUCCAGAAAGUGACGACGUCGUAUUAUCGUCCCCUCUUAGUUGCGCGGCGCGUGGCGCGUGCAACCAACUAUGUGUCAAAAACCUGCCGCUUCAACCAGACAUUUGCAUUAGGGGUGAAUUUCCUGCAAACCGCAGAGAGGAGGACAAACAAUUAGGGUUUCUCAAAUUCAACUUAUCUUGCCUUUCCAAUUUAGGGUUUGUUCUGCUCACACUGUAGCCUUACCCUUCAAUUGCAAUUCGUACAGGAAGUUGUUGUGAUCUCAUGCAUAAUUGAAAUUUGCAAAUGAGUGAUACAAAAGAAAACGAGGAAGCUGGCCAGGGCGUGCCCUCGGUUGUGGAAGAAAACCAGAAAUUGGUUGAUGCACAGGUUCAAGUUCAACCUGAAGCUGUUUCUGCUACUGUUUUAGUAGAAGAAACUUCAAAUCAUGUUGAAAAUGAGUCAAAUAAUGUUGAAAAUGUGAAGGCAGAGCCACCUGCUGAGGAUAAAAUUUUGGAACCUGCGGCUGUUUCCAAAGGAAUUCCACAAGAUCUUCAAACCACUCUUCACUCUGUCCCAGUAGAGGCUGAUACUCAGAUUUUGAACAAAACUGAGCGGAAAGAAGCUUCUGAUGCAAAGGUGGAAGCUGAAGAAAUUCCCCAGAGUAAUAAGGAUGUUGAGAAUGAUGAUAACGUUCAUCAAAAUAAUGUUGGUGAUGCUGGAACAGCUAUGGAGGUGAAGCCUGAAGCUUGUGCAGUGGCUGAUAGUAAAACUUGUAAUAAUGGUGAACCCACGGCCAUGACUACAAGUCACAGUGAGCCUGCUGUGCCACAACCUGCUAUUGCCGAUGCAAAAGCUGAAAUCAAGGAUGUAUUGGAAGUUGAGAAUAAGCCUGAUGAAAAGCAAGCUGCUGAACCUGCAGAUAAUGGGAAUUCAAAUUCAAAGCACAUGUUUUUCUUGGAUGCUGACCAUUCUUAUGAUGGUAAUGAGUCAGGAACAGAGGAAGAGCAGUCAGCAUUUAUGAAAGAGCUUGAAAAUUUCUUUAGGGAGAGGAGCAUGGAAUUCAAACCUCCCAAGUUUUAUGGAGAAGGGCUUAAUUGCCUUAAGUUGUGGAGAGCUGUAACAAGAUUGGGUGGCUAUGAUAAGGUGACCUCUUGUAAAUUAUGGCGACAAGUGGGAGAGUCUUUCAAACCUCCAAAGACAUGCACCACUGUUUCAUGGACUUUUAGGGGAUUUUAUGAGAAGGCACUUCUUGAUUAUGAAAGGCAUAAAAUAAAAGGAGGUGAGCUGAAUGUGCCUAUUGCUUCUCAUCCAGAGCCUAUGAAUAUUGAAAAUCAGGCUUCGGCGUCAGGUAGAGCCCGAAGAGAUGCAGCAGCACGGGCUAUGCAGGGUUGGCACUCACAGCGUCUCCUGGGCAACGGUGAAGUUAGUGACCCUAUUAUUAAGGAUAGGAAUUCUGUGUCUGUACAAAAGCGUGAAAAGCAGCUUAAAAGUAUCAAUUUACUGAAACGCAAGAAGCCAUCUUACAUGGAUAAUGCAGUCAAAGCAGCACGGAGUAAACCAUCUAAACCACAAUUGGACUCAGCUGUAAUUGAUAUUGGGCCUCCUGCUGAUUGGGUAAAAAUCAAUGUACAAAAAACUAAAGAUUGUUUUGAGGUAUAUGCUUUAGUUCCUGGCCUUCUGCGGGAAGAGGUCCGUGUACAAUCAGACCCAGCAGGACGCUUAGUCAUAAGUGGUGAGCCUGAGCAUCCCAACAAUCCAUGGGGCGUGACACCUUUCAAGAAGGUUGUCAGCUUGCCCUCAAGAAUUGAUCCUCAUCUGACAUCUGCAGUGGUGACGCUGCAUGGGCAGUUGUUCGUUCGUGUCCCGUUUGAACAAUCAGAAUAGUGGUCGCUUUUGGUUUCAUACUGUUCCUUUUAACUAAGUAUAGGAUAGUUGACCCUGAAACCAUUUAGAGGAAUCUUUUCUGCCCGUAAAACUUGCGAGACUUUCUAGCUUAGUGUAGCAUGUAUGUUUGAGAUAUUCAAUUUAAAAUUAUCGUAGAUGAUUUUCUCAAACAUUACAAAUUGACCAUGUUAAUAUGAGCUAGGUAGGAUUCUGUAAUUGCUGAAGAUGAUGUUAUAAUAUUGGCAACUUGGCUAGUGAAUUUACAUGAAACUUUUGAUCGUUUGUGUUA